GCAUCCCAGCGGGCGGCCUUCUGCUCCAGUCUCUCUCUAUUUCAGCCCACAGCUCGCCGAGCAUGGGCAACACCGCUUCCAACCCCCAGUCCCACCCCUCCCACCGCACCCAGUCCCCCAUCCGCCGCGGCAGCCCUGCCCGCAGCCCCUCCAACCAUCGCGUCCACCGCUCUCUCAGGCAGAAGAAGAGGUCCCUCGAGCUGCCCGACCUGGCGUCCCUCGCCCUAACCCCCGCAUCCUCUUCCCCAUCCUCGGUCUCUCCCCAUGGAGCAUACCGCAGGCCCACGUCCCCCAUCCCUAUCCCUAUCUCUGCCCCCGUCCAGCAGAACUUCGGCCCCCAGAACAACCUCCCCUCCGCCGCACGCUUGGCCCUCAACAACGCUCGCAACGGCAGCCGAUAUGACCGAUCCUACAUGAAUGUCUACCCCUCCACGCGCUCAUUCAUGUCGCGCCUCCAAGAACAUUCGCCCCCGCGCGAGGAACUGCCGAGGACAGAGUUCGUACCCGAGAUCGUCCACAGCACGCUUCCGCUCGCCCUCGUCAAGGCCGAGGAGGAGUUGAGUAACCCCGAGCCUGUGCAAGUGAAGAUCGUCUAUCGCGGAAGCGGUCAGUCCGUGAUUCUUACACGUGCGGGCGACGACAACUGGCAGGGCAGGCAACCCAUGCAAUUUGACUCCACCAGUGGGCAAUGGUUCACCUAUGUCAAUCUACUCCCAGGAACGCAUCACCUCAAAUUCAUCGUUGACGAUCAGAUCCGGACUUCGGAGGACUAUCCCCAAGCUGCAGACGACCGUGAUGGGUCGCUCGCGAACUACGUCAGUGUGCCUUUCCCCUCCUCCAACGCGUCCCCCUCCACCACAGCCAUAGCCACAACACCCGCUUCAUUCACCAUCUCGCCACUCGCGAGCCCUCACCAUCAACACCCCGCCAACGUCAAUUCCUUCUGGAGUGAUGCGAGCAGCACCGCCGGCGAUGUCAAUGGCUCAGGGCGCGAGUGCGCCAACCCCGAGUGGACCACUGAGAUUCCGCCCGAACUCAUCGCAGCCGCCGCCGAGGAAGAGUCCUACCUCGCGUUGCAAGAGACCGCGAGCCAGUCGCACGACAUGUCGAGCAACUCCUCCGCGAGUGGCUUCAGCUCCGUGCCUACGCCCAACAUCCCGCCUGCGCCUGUGCUUCCGCGACACCUCGACAAGCUGAUCCUCAACGUGAAGCCGCAGGCGGUGAGUGGGAGCCCCGUGCCGACGGAGCGCGAGCGAUCAAGGCGAUCAGGGCGGGAUCGCUCGAAGCGCGAGCGCGACAGGGAGAGCCGCACACGCUCCAACCACCUCGGGAUGUGCAUGACCGCGAGCGAUAUGAAUGGGGACGUACACGACGGAGGAAUGCAUGGACCGUCGCCGCUCGGUCUGCCCGUGGUAACGGCGAGUGGGACAGACGUGACGAGCGCGACGGUUGCGGCUGCGGACGGCGUGGAGAGGGCGAACCGCGUGGCGGUGAAGCUCGACGUUGCUGGCCUCGCGGACGACGCGAGUGUGCUGCCCGUGCCGUCGCAUGUCGUGCUGCACCAUCUGAGCACGAGCGCGAUCAAAAACGGCGUCCUGGCCGUCGCGAAUACGACGAGAUACCGCAAGAAGGUGAGUGUCCCGCUUCCGUGGAUCCGCGCAUGGUCUGGCGAACGCUGCACGAUGGGCUACGUGAGUUGCCUGCGCUAUUUGACGUCUCAUCUCACUCUGUCCGACCUUCAUAUCCCUCUGCUGACUCCAGAACUCCGCGUCUUCGCAGUAUAUAACGACGAUCUACUACAAGCCGACAUGAAAGCAGCCUCCGGACCAUAUACGCCUCGGGCUCCGAUCAUCCACUCACAGACAUUCAGCAUAGAGUUCCCAUAGCCAUCCUCAUCCCAUCCCAUCCCAUCCCAUCCCAUCC